AUGUCAUCAAUUUCAAUUGAUGCCUCCACACUACAAAUAAAUUCGUUUGGUCUUCAGAAUCUGAUGAAUUUUAUUUUUGUACAUGAGCGAACCCUUAAAGAAUUUGGUGCAAUUAAAAUUCAACUAAGUUCUGAUUGUGCAUUAGCCUUGAAGAAACGUCAGAUUUCACUAACGUGUGCUAGUAUCCAGCAGAUCACGAAAGUAAGUGAUGAUGAACCUAUUUACUUCGUUCAGAAAAGGGAUGAUGCAAAUGUAUACACUGGACAACGAUCGCCGAUAAAAAACGAAGAAACAUUUUGGUGUUCUCUUUCUAAUUUGGGUCAGAAAUUUUCUACAUCAGGUGUUUCCUUAUUACCAAAUAAAAGUUUCUUCUAUGAAAAACAGCAUGGAAAAUAUUUCUCGAUACAUCGUAUACCGAGAAAAUCAUUACUCAGAUUAAGUGGAACCAAAAUCACCAAUCAAUUUGUUUCUUCUUUAACCAGAGCACAUGGGCCAGGUGCUAUUUUUCCAUUAUCUAGUGUUCAACAACGUCUCUUCUUGCUAGUAUAUCAUCAUCAAGGUGGUCCUCGUCAUUGGUAUAUUAUUCCUGCCUGUGAGCGAGAGACUCUUCAGAAAAUACUUCAACGACAAAACUCCACAUAUUGUCUUGAACAUGGAGAACUGAUGAUUAAUCCUGUUGUAUUUGACAAAUAUCAUAUUCGAUAUCAUCGAAUUAUUCAAUAUCCAAACGAAUUUGUGAUUUUAUCAGCAGGUGCUUUAUCACAAAGUUUUACUUUGGAUGCAAGUUGGAGUGAAUCAAUUCCUUUUGCUUUGCCCAGUUGGAUUGAAGAAGGUCAUGCUACUGCUCGAAAUUUAGCAUGUCAAUGCAAUAUUAAUUUUCCUCUAUCAAAAACAAUCGAUGUUAGUGUAUUUAGGCAUGAACUUAUACAAAAAUAUAUUGACACACAUCUCAAUAUUGUCAAAGAUGGUAAAACAUCGAUUACUCAAAGUUUGUUCUCAAUAGAAGAAUGUGUUACAUAUUAUUCUGAAAUUUUUAGAUCCAAUGAUGUAAUAUAAUAGUCAGAUAUAUUCAUUUAAUCUAUAUUAUAUUUUACGAAUGUUUUCCAGUUUUUUUUCUUCUUCUUCAGGAGCUUUCAUAUGAUUGGUUACAGAACGACAAAAAACAUAUAUAUAUAUAUCCCCCUGGCCAAAAUAAACGGAACACCUUAUUUUUCCGAUUUUUUCUCGCCACUACUUUUGUUUGCGCUCAUUUUUGUAUCAUAGUUGCAUCUAUGAUUACUUGAUCUGCCCUGAAAAUUUCAGCAAUAUAGUACGAGUUAUCGCUGAGGAAAUUGGAAAUCUCUGUUGUACACUCACAUAGCAGUGAAACGAAAAAAUAAUGUAGCAAUGAUAUUCUUUGUUUAGCCAUGGUAUUUUCAAAAAAUAAUUACAUAUUUGGAAUCAGCGUCAAAUUCUGAAUCAAGUGACAUAUUUUUCUCUGUUGAAAAAUCGCGUUCAGGUUUCAUCAGCUGUUGAUCACAAGUAAGAGCACUAUAACAGCAUCGAAAAACUUUUUCUUCUCAAACUUCGUUGAAUUAUACAUCAACAGAUGCGGAAUUUUACGCUGAUUCAGAAUAUCAUAUUAUGUUUCCUUAAAACU